GGCGGAACCAUUAAACGAUGGGUUCCCGUUGUAGCCGGACAUGUUUGUCGUACGCACCUGAGCUCAGAGGCAACAUUUGAAAUGGCAGUUACUCUUCAUACGGAUCUCGGAGACAUUAAAAUUGAGUUAUUCUGUGAACGCGCUCCGAAGUCAUGUGAGAACUUUCUUGCCCUGUGUGCCAGUGGGUUCUAUAAUGGUUGCCUUUUCCACCGAAACAUAAAAGGCUUCAUGGUUCAGACUGGUGACCCUACAGGCACCGGGAAAGGGGGAACGAGUAUAUGGGGCCGUAAAUUUGAAGAUGAGUUUAGCGAGCACCUAAAGCAUAAUGUAAGAGGAGUGGUCUCAAUGGCAAAUAAUGGCCCCAACACGAACGGCUCCCAGUUUUUCUUCACAUAUGCCAAACAGCCCCAUCUGGACAUGAAGUACACAGUGUUUGGAAAGAUUAUUGAUGGCUUGGAAACACUGGAUGAGCUGGAGAAGCUGCCCGUGAAUGAGAAGACCUUCCGACCACUGACCGACAACCGGAUAAAAGACGUCACCAUUCAUGCUAACCCGUUUGCCGGAUAGCUGCUUUAAAUUUUUCAGAAAAUCCGACACGGAACCGGUUAUUUCCAAAAGGCCACUAUACAGUGCACGGUGCCUUGCUUAUGUUGAAGUGGAUCACUUGUUUAAGAGGGAAGAAACAUUUUUAGUGGACAAACUGAUUUGUAAAGCUGCAGAGUGCUGAGUUAGAGAAAAAAGGAAGUCACUGACUGUGAAGUGGAAGCGGACUUUUGUAACUUGAUAAAACAUUCAGGGGAGUGCUUUCUCCAGUUUCUAGCUAUCUACUCCUUUUAAACCCACAGUGAUGUGACAGAAACUUGAAAACAAAUGUAUUCUCUAUAGAUGUAUUCACAACUGAAUCCAGAAAUGAAACAUGUUUGACAUUUUUAAAUGGCUGCCUUUUUUUCCCCUCAUAUAUCUGCUGGUAAAUACAUUUUCAGUAAUUUGUAAUAAAUAAACUUUUUUAAAUAUA